AUGGCCGAGGACAAUGCUGUUACGGUCUAUGGAAGCAACGCCGCCAUCACCAAUGCCAAAAAGAACCCAUUUCCGAUCAAAGUCGGGAUAGCCCAGAUGCUCCGGGGUGGUACUAUUGUAGAAGUCACCACCAUUGAACAAGCCAAGAUCGCCGAGUCCGCCGGCGCUUGCUGUGUAAUUGUAUCGGAUCCACCCAGAGAAGGAAUUUCCCGCAUGCCUGAUCCGGGUCUGAUUAAAGAAAUCAAGCAAUCCAUCUCAAUUCCCUUAAUGGCAAAAGCCCGGGUUGGGCAUUUCGUGGAGGCUCAGAUUUUGGAGUCCGUAGGAGUUGAUUAUAUUGAUGAAAGUGAGGUUUUAGCCAUCGCUGACGAGGAUCAUUUUAUUAAUAAGCAUAAUUUUGGGACGCCUUUUAUUUGUGGGUGUCGCGAUCUGGGAGAGGCUUUAAGGAGAGUGAGAGAAGGGGCUGCGAUGAUACGCUCUCAAGGUGACUUGAUGGGAUCUGGGAAUGUAGUGGAGACUGUUCGUAGUGUGAGGAAGGUGAUGGGCGAGAUUAGACGUUUGAAUAACAUGGACGACGAUGAGGUGUUUGCGUUUUCUAAGCAGAUUAUAGCACCUUAUGAUAUUGUGGUACAGACGAAACAAAUGGGGAGGCUGCCGGUGGUGCAUUUUGCUGCUGGAGGUAUAGUGACCCCUGCCGACGCUGCACUGAUGAUGCAAUUGGGAUGUGAUGGAGUGUUUUUGGGACCAGAGGUUCUCAGUUCUGCCGAUCCUUAUAAGAGGGUUCGGGCUAUUGUGCAGGCUGUUAGGAGUUAUAAUGAUCCUGUGGAGCUGGCACAGGCGAGCAGUGGUUUAGAGGAUGCAAUGGCAGGGUUGAAUCUUUCUGAGAAUAGGGUUGAGCCGUUUGGUGCUGCAAGUACUUACUGA